GCCGAAGGAUGCGCGUGUUUGCAUUGCAGUGUUCUUGCUUCCUCCUCCUCCUCCGGUGGCUGCUGGCUGCGGCACGCAUGGCCGUCGGCUGUCUCGCGAUUCCCGGUAGUUCUCUUUCUCUGCGCGCCGGCCGGAGGCACUCACCGCCGUCGAAUUAUUCUCGUCACGCUGUGCGACACGCCACCAAGGUCCAGGAAUACGGAUCCUAUUCGACCACUAGCUAAGCUAGGAGCUAGCUAGAACCACGAACCCAGCUUCCAAAUUCCUUUGGAUUGGAUGGAAGUGGAACCUACGCGUCCUCGGCACUACUUAAGCUAGCAAAGCAUACCAUAGCCCUGCUCUCCUGCUAGCUCCAACCGCCGUCCUGAUUCAAUCGUCUGUUUCAGGCCCUCACAUGUUGAAUUGCUGAUGCUAAAAUGUGCUGCAUAUAUAUACGAUGAAAACUAUCGUCGAUGCUUUUGAUCAAGCUCGUCUAUCUACUGCUGCGACUGAUAAGUUGGUUCGCUGUGCCCGUUUGUUUCCCUGCUCGUUUGUUCAGUCCCGAUACCUGGUCUGGUGAUCGCUGGAUGAUGGACGCCAAGAAGAUUAAGCUGCACGACUACCACCUCUACGGAUCGCAGCAGCUGUUUCCCGCGGCCGGGGGGCUCUCCUUCCACCCGGCUGCGGGGCUCAUGAGCUCCCUGCCGCAGCCGCCGCAUGCCGCCUGGCUGCACGAGGACCACCACACGACGACCCCGAGGUCGGUGCUCGCGACGCAUGGCUCGCUGCAGGGCAGCAGGUGCGUCGGCUCCGACGCCGCCGCGUUCUUCGCCGCCGAGGAGCUGAUGAUGGGCAUGCCGCGCUUCGACGACUGCCCUCUCGGCGGGACGGAGAUGACAGCGUUUGCCAAGAGGCCGACGACGGAGGACGAGCAGCUGCACUACCGUCGUCCAGGUCCAGUCGACCCGCUGCCGCUCCGUGACAGCGCGGCGGUGAGGACGUACUACGUCCGGCCGCAGCAGCGCGACGGCGCCACGGAGGCGCCUCCUUCGCUCGAACUGCCAUUCCAGCAAGGGCGGCGGCAGCAGCAGCAGUUGUUCGGCAACGCUUCCACCGGCAGGCUGCUCGGCGGCGAACCCAAAGCCCACUCCUUUACAGCUCAUCUGCUGCAGGUUGCGACGAGCACGCUUCUCCCGGCGAUGGAGGCGCCGGCGGGCAUGCAGCAGAGCCCGACGGAGAAUCCGCUGUCCAGGAGCUGCAGUACCAUCGGUGCGCCGGCGACCCACGUCGGGAGCGGGAACGUCGCCGCCGCCGCCGCGCCGGGGCAUGGCGCGCCGAGCAAGACGCGGAUCCGGUGGACGCAGGACCUCCACGAGCGCUUCGUCGACUCCGUGAACCAACUCGGCGGUGCCGACAAGGCGACUCCCAAGGGGAUCCUCAAGCUGAUGAACUCCGAUGGCCUCACAAUCUACCACAUCAAGAGCCACCUUCAGAAAUACCGCAUAGCUAAGUACAUGCCCGCAUCAUCGACGUCUGAAGGGAAACAGGAGAAACGAGCCGUCGGAAACGACGUGCAGAAUCUCGACCCCAGCACUGGGAUGAAGAUCACCGAAGCACUACGCGUGCAGCUCGACGUGCAGAGGCGCCUCCACGAGCAGCUCGAGAUCCAGAGGAACCUCCAGCUGAGGAUCGAGGUGCAGGGGAAGAAGCUGCAGAAGAUGUUCGAGGAGCAGAUGAAGGCGAGCAGGACCGUGAUGGAGCCACGGCAGGAGGAGGAAGAUGACGACGACGACGCGUUCAACGACGUGCACGUGCAGCUGCUGGCGGCCGCGGCCCGCAGCGACGCCGGGUUCCAGUUGAAUAUAAGCUAGCCUUUGGCCGCCGCGCGCCUCCAGCUGGCUCGAUCGGCUUUGUAAUCGUAGGGUUUGACUACAAAUAUCAGCCUAGUGACUCAUGGAUGGUGAUGCCUACAAUGUUUGGGAGGAGGAGCUGAGGAGUGCUUUGUUGCCAAAUCGACCGAGUUGUCUAUUUCCUCUUCUUUUUUAGAAACAAAAAAAGGAAUUUAAAGUGUUGGAAUACAUGGGAGGGAGGAUCCUCGUCCUCCUCCGUGAAGGUAAACCCAACCGAGCCAAUGUCCGUGAUUAGUUUUUUCA